GAAAUCCACGACGCCUCCCACGCCUCCCACGCCCCCAACGCCUCGAAAACGCCUCUAGGCUCCGCCGCCACACUGCAACCUUCGUUUCGUACCGAGAACUUAUUCGCCUGUUAAUAAUUCAGCAUGGUACUCAUCGAAGGCCAGGAGUACCUCUGCGAGGAGGAAAAGCGCCUGAAGCAGGACCGGGAGCGCACCGCUUACUGGAAGCGGUGGGGAUCCUAUGUCGCCGAAAGGCAAUGGGCUACAGUGCGCGAAGACUACUCCCACGACGGAGACGCCUGGAGCCACUUCACCCAUGACAUGGCACGGAAACGAGCCUUCCGUUGGGGCGAAGAUGGCAUCGCUGGCGUGUCCGACAACCAUGGAUUCCAGAACAUUGCGUUUGCCUUUUGGAACGAGAAAGACGACUUUCUGAAAGAGAGGUUGUUUGGUUUGUCGAAUCCGCAGGGUAACCAUGGCGAAUCGAUCAAGGAAUGCCACUUCCAUUUGGACAACACCCCCACUCACUCCUAUAUGAAAUACCUCUACAAGUACCCUCAGCGCAAGUUCCCCUACGAAGACCUAAUCGAGACCAACGCGAAGCGGAGUAAGCUUGAGAGAGAGUACAACCUGAUUGAUACGGGUGUUUUCGCCGAAGACAGGUACUGGGACAUCUUCAUCGAAAUUGCGAAAGAGGCGGAUGACCCUGAGGAGCUGCUCUUCCGAGUUACAGCAUACAACCGCGGCCCUGAAGCCGCUCCCCUACACAUCGUGCCUCACGUUUGGUUCCGCAAUACUUGGGCUUGGGGCCGCGAGGAUCUCAAGAAGAAGCCUUCGAUACGCAAGAUAGGGCCUACGACAGCACAUACGAAACAUUACAAACUGGGCGAGCGUUACUUCCAGCUGUCCCCUUCUCCGGGAACCGGCCCUAGCGGCGAAGACGUUCAGCCGACGCUCCUGUUCACGGAAAAUGAGACCAACUACAAAGCCAUCUGGGAUGGGGACAACAGAACUAAAUACGUAAAGGAUGGGAUUCAUCGCCGCAUUGUGGAUGAGGAAAAGGGAGCCGUGAAUCCUGAAGGAUAUGGCACCAAGGCUGCUGCUUGGUUUGCUUUUGACGAGGGAGAGGGUGUUCCGCCGGGCGAGUGUGCUGUCGUGCGCUUCAGACUGUCGAGGAGAUAUGAAGGGUACCUUGAUGAGGAGCUUUUCGACGAGAUUAUCGAGCAGCGUCGCGCCGAGGCCGAUGAGUUCUACUGGAGGAUAAGCCCUCUCCCUAUCGCUGACGACCUCCGCAACGUCCAACGCCAGGCCUUCGCCGGUAUGCUCUGGUGCAAGCAGUACUACCACUUCAUCUGGGAUCAUUGGGCGAAUGGUGACCCCGGAAUGCCCCCUCCCCCACCGAGCCGCAAGGAGAUCCGAAACAAGGAGUGGAAGCACAUGUAUCUCGAUGAUGUUCUCUCGAUGCCCGACUCUUGGGAAUAUCCGUUCUUUGCGGCGUGGGACAGUGCAUUCCACUGCAUUCCUUUAGCGAUGAUCGACCCAGACUACGCCAAGAAGCAGCUCGAUAUCUUCACCCGCGAGUGGUACAUGCAUCCGAAUGGACAGCUCCCCGCUUAUGAAUGGAACUUUGGGGAUGUGAACCCGCCGGUCCAUGCCUGGGCACUUUUCCGAGUGUUCAAGAUGGAGCGGAAGAUGUACGGCCGGGAAGAUUGGGAUACUCUUGAGCGAGUGUUCCAGAAGUUGCUGCUCAACUUCACUUGGUGGGUGAAUCGAAAAGACGCGAGUGGCCAAAACAUCUUCGAAGGCGGCUUCCUGGGGCUUGACAAUAUCGGUGUCUUCAACAGAUCCGAGCCCCUGCCUACUGGAGGUGUACUGGAGCAAGCUGACAGCACGGGGUGGAUGGGAUUCUACUGUCUCAACAUGCUUAAUAUCUGCUUGGCGCUCUCUACCCGGCGUCGUAUCUACGAGGAUAUGGCCUCGAAGUUCUUUGAACACUUCAUUCUCAUUAGCGACGCAAUGCAGUAUCGCACUGGCUCCGAAUCGAAGCCCCUCUGGAACGAGGAAGACGGAUUCUACUAUGAUGCCAUCUCUUGGGGGGGCCCAUGGAGUCACCAAAUGCCAGUUCGAUCACUUGUCGGGUUGAUUCCGCUGUUUGCUACGCUGACGCUGGAGCCCGAGGUCAUAGACAAGUUCAAGGAUUUCAAGAAGAGGCUGAAUUGGUUUAUCCAGAACAAGAGCGAUACCGCGGAACGCAAUAUCGCGUCCAUGAAGAAGCGAGGGAAGGGCGACCGCCUUCUUCUCUCCUUGGUCAGCGAAGACCGCUUGAAGCGCAUUCUCCAAAGAAUGUUGGACGAGAACGAGUUCCUUGCAGACCAUGGCAUUCGCUCGCUAUCCAGAUACCAUAAAGACCACCCAUACUCGAUGGACGUGAAUGGCCAAACCUUCCAGGUCAGCUACAUUUCCGGAGAUUCGGACAGCGGACUAUUUGGUGGUAACAGCAACUGGCGCGGACCCAUCUGGAUUUGUGUCAACUUCCUUCUCAUCGAGGCCCUUCAGAGAUUCCACCUUUACUAUGGACAAGAUCUCAAAGUCGAAUGCCCCACUGGUUCCGGCGAUUAUAUGCAUUUGGGCCAUGUGGCCGAGGAGUUACAGCAUCGUCUACAGCAUCUGUUUGCGCGUGGCGAUGAUGGUCGUCGUGCUAUCAACGGUGAGAAUGAGACGCUUGAUUAUGACUCGAAUUGGAAGGAUUAUCUAUGGUUCUACGAGUUCUUCGAUGGAGACAGUGGUCGUGGGUUGGGCGCGAGCCAUCAGUGCGGUUGGACCGGUCUGAUUGCCAAGAUGAUUCACGAUACUGGCAUGACAUGCCGCCUCCCGCAAACCCCGCGCACCCCCACCAGCGCCGCAGCCCACUACUUCGAUGACAUCUUCACAGACACCGGGCGCCCCAAGAAGCCUCACCAUCUCCGCCGCUCCUCGACCGCUCGUUCAAUAGGACAACGCAGCGACUGGGACGUAGGAGACGAGGAGGAGACUACGGGGCCGCUGAACCGCCAGAACUCGGUGGGGUACUUGAAUGCGGAGGCAAUGCAGCAGAAGGCGGAGAUGGAUCAGCAUGUGGCACAUUAUGUUAGCGAUCAGUUGGAGAGGUUGAGGAUGAGCAACUAUGGCGAUGGGGAUGUGGAUUGUGGGGAGUUCGAGACGAGUUUGGAUAUGGCGGAUAGUGGGAGAAACUGGGAAAAGAAAAAUGGACGGAGCGGGUAUUUCGAUUGAUUAGAGCAUACCGAAAUGGUUUUUCUUAUGUUUGACUGGCCAUGUUUUCCAGAUGUUUUGGAAAUACAUAAAGCGUCAGAGGCUCUGAUCAUAGAUUAUCGCUACAUCAUAUCCAGCGGAAUAUUAGACUUCAUUUGGCGAUCCUA